CGGUUGUUGUUCUAGGCGAACAGCUAACUGGAAAAGAGCGCGAAAUUGCAUAAUAUCAGAAUAUUAAGAUGUGAGGGUGGGGAUGGACUUUGGAAGCGGCAAUGAACUCUCGUCACGUUCACGCUUCAGCUGCUUUUGUUCCAAGGGCUACGAGGGCGCUUUUCUCCUCCUCCCCUCGCCUCUUCUUGAAUCGCACUCCUUAUACUCUAUCCACUCUCAAUCACUUCAACAUUGGAUUUCUGAAGAAGAAUCUUCAUCAUAAUCGUUGUUGUUGCUACAGAUUCAAUAGAAGCGUAGCCGAGCUGAGGAGUCCCGACCUCGUCGCCUUAGAGUAUGCUGAGCUCAACCUCAAGGAGAGAGUCGGCGAGGUGGGUCACGUCCGAAUCCGGCAACAUGUGAACCCUCUCAGUGCUUCCCUCACGAUCCCAGUACAAGUUCCAAACUGGAAUGAAGUCUACGGAGACUCCAUGCUGCCGCUUAUGGUGGAUAUUGGUAGUGGUAAACACUUUCUAUUUUGUCCUUCUCUUUCCUUUUCAGUCUCCAAUUUCUAGAGUAGAGUUAGGCUCUAAUUUUUAUGUUCUAUUAUAUGAGUUCUAUUUGCUUUCGACACAUUCUGUGGGUUGAGACUAUGAUGCUCCUGAGAGGAAAAGAACAAAUAAA